AUGAAAGCAGGGUUCAGAUCCACAUUGAUGCAGCCGGUGAUGCAGCCACCAGAGGAUAAUACGAUAGAGGACUUUAAUCGUUACGUGUCUAUUGGUGACCGUCUUUUUGAAGAAGAAAUCGCCUGUUUGGAAUUUGAUGAUGAAGAAUUCCUGGAAUUUAUCCACUUUUUCGAAUUGCAGGAGAUUGACUAUAUGACCAUCUAG